AUGGAUUUACAGACCAGGCCCACUUUAACAUUAAAAUUGGAAGGUAAACAGUUUUCUGGCAUCCUAGAUACUGGAGCUGAUAAGAGUAUCAUCUCUGCUAAUUGGUGGCCUAAGGCUUGGCCUGUCACUCAAUCAUCCCGCUCCUUACAAGGGCUGGGAUAUGAAGCUAACCCCUCAGUCAGUUCACAGACCCUCUGUUGGGAAGCCCCCAAAGGCCAGAUUGGAACUUUUACCCCAUAUGUUCUUCCACUGCCAGUCAACCUAUGGGGUCGAGAUGUGUUACAACAACUAAAUUUACGGCUGACUGACACCUAUUCUCCACAGGCCGUUAACAUGAUGUCUCAUAUGGGCUAUCAAGAGGGUAGAGGACUAGGGGCGAGGGAACAAGGCAGACCUGAUCCCAUCUUCCCCGUAUCUCAGUCAGACAAGAAGGGCCUGGGUUUUUCCUAG